AUGUCUACCAAUUCAAUUAAAUUAUUAGCAAGUGAUGUUCAUAGAGGAUUAGCUGAACUUGUUGCUAAACGAUUAGGAUUACGUCUUACUCCAAGUGAACUCAAAAGAGAUUCCACAGGUGAAGUUCAAUUCUCUAUUGGUGAAUCAGUUAGAGAUGAAGAUAUAUAUAUUGUCUGUCAAAUAGGUUCAGGAGUAGUUAAUGAUCGAGUAAUUGAAUUAUUAAUUAUGAUUAAUGCUUGUAGAACUGCAAGUGCAAGAAGAAUCACGGUUAUUUUACCUAAUUUCCCUUAUGCUAGACAAGAUAGAAAAGAUAAAUCAAGAGCACCAAUUACUGCUAAAUUAAUGGCUGAUAUGUUAACUACUGCUGGAUGUCAUCAUGUAAUAACGAUGGAUUUACAUGCUUCACAAAUUCAAGGGUUUUUUGAUGUUCCUGUUGAUAAUUUAUACGCUGAACCAAGUGUUGUUAGAUAUAUUAAAGAAAAGAUUGAUUAUAGUAAAGCAAUUAUUAUUUCCCCUGAUGCUGGUGGUGCCAAGAGAGCAGCAGGAUUAGCUGAUAGAUUAGAUUUGAAUUUUGCAUUGAUUCAUAAAGAAAGAGCUAGAGCUAAUGAAGUUUCUCGAAUGGUUUUAGUUGGGGAUGUUACUGAUAAGAUUUGUAUUAUUGUUGAUGAUAUGGCAGAUACUUGUGGUACUUUAGCUAAAGCUGCUGAAGUAUUAUUAGAUAAUCAAGCUAAAGAAGUUAUUGCAAUUGUUACUCAUGGUAUUUUAUCAGGCAAUGCAAUUAAGAAUAUCAAUAAUUCUAAAUUAAAAGCAGUUGUUUGUACUAAUACUGUACCAUUUGAACAUCAAUUGAAAUUAUGUCCUAAAUUAGAUACAAUUGAUAUUUCAGCAGUAAUAGCUGAAGCAAUUAGAAGAUUACAUAAUGGUGAAAGUAUAUCUUAUUUAUUUAAGAAUGCUCCUUUAUAA